AUGCGGACAUGGUUCUGGAACAUAAGGGCAGCAUGCGACCGUGGUACAGCAUGCCACUGUGGCACGGCAUACCACCGUGGUACAGCAUACCACCGUGGCACAACAUACCACCGUGGCACAGCAUACCACCGUGGUACAGCAUGCCACUGUGGCACAGCAUACCACCGUAGCACAACAUACUACCGUAGCACAACAUACCACCGUAGCACAGCAUACCACCAUGGUACAGCAUACCACCGUGGCACAGCAUACCACCGUGGCACAGCAUACCACCGUGGCACAACAUACUACCGUAGAACAACAUAUCACCGUGGCACAGCAUACCACCGUGGCACAGCAUACCACAGUAGCACAGCAUGCCACCGUGGCACAACAUACCACCGUGGCACCACAUACCACCGUGGUACAGCAUACCACCGUGGCACAGCAUACCACCGUAGCACAGAACAUACGACACAACAAAAGUCAUAUAGCCAACAUAAUGCUACAUAG